AAACCCCAGCCACCCUCUCUCACCAUCCUUCCCUUCCCCACCGCCUUUUAAGAAACUGUCUCUGCGCUCGGCCUGUCUCCCUACCACUGUCUGAUUUCUGUCCCAGCAUGGGAAAAUAUACCUUUACAUGGGCGCACCCCGCCAAUGAGGUCUUCGUCACGGGCGAUUUCGACGAUUGGAAGAAGACGGUGAAGCUCGAGAAGGAAGGCGAUGUCUUCAAGAAGACAAUUGAGCUUCCCAAAACAAAACAUCACUACAAGUUUGUCGUCGACGGCAACUGGCUGACCAACGAGUCCCACCCCAAAGAACAAGUCGACGGGGGCAUCUACAAUAAUGUCCUCCAUCCUCAUUAUAUCGAAGAGACCGAGGACGUCAGCACCCUCUCCUCGGCCGCUCCCGAAUCCUCGACCGCUGCCCUCGCCGCCAAUGUGCCCAAGGAAUCGACGCACGGCAAGGUAGAGAAGGAACAGGAAGCCCCCGUGAGCGCAGGACUUCCCGGUGCUUUUCCUGAGACCCCCGGUGCCGCCUCUCCCGCUCCUGAGCAGGCCUUCUCUGUCAAUCCUCUGCCAGCUACCGACGGCCCAGGGAACCCUAUCAAGCUCGGACCAGGGGAGAAUGUGCCAGACCCUAGCACCUUCACCAGCAACACUGUUCAAUCAACGGUUCGGGACAAUCAGCCCGCCGGCGCCGCCGAAGACGCCACGGUCAGCGUUGCACCAGUUCCGGCUACCGCGGGACCUGGCAACCCCAUCCAUCUUGAACCCGGCGAGAAGGUCCCAGAUCCAAGCACGCUGACCUCGAACACCGUCUCUAGCACGGCCAAGACUGAUGCUGCUUCCUACGAGAAGUCUGAUGCUCUUCCUCCUCAACUUUCGCCUGUCGCAUUGACUCCAGAGGCGGAGAGGGAAGCGAAAGGCGGUAUGUUUAGCCUACCACCCUUGACGGGGAGCCUUAUCCCCGAGUCGAGCCUCCCCAAAGAUGUCAAUACUGAGAGUGAGCAAGAUCCGGGCGUGACCAUCCAAUCCGCCGCCCCUGCUAGCUCCACCGCCGCACUCGCCGCUCAAGUUUCCAAGGAACCUCGAGGGGUGCCAGAAACUGUGAUUGCAAGCCAGAAGGAAGCGCACGACCCACCCGAAGCCUCUGCCAAUCCCGAAGCUGUGGAAGAGAAGAAGGAGGUUGAACAGGAAUUGAAGGAAACGGUUCCUGCAAAACCGGCGACGACGGACAUUACUACGGAGAAGGUGUCCGACACCGUCGCGUCGGGCGCCUCGACUGCUGCUGCUGCUGCUACUGCCGCAGCAGCAACUGUUGCAGGUGCGGUAACUGCCGCCGCCUAUUCCGCAAAAGACAAGGCCGCGGAAGCUGUGGGCUUGAACGGUCAGGCUACGGCCAGCGAUACCCCCGCACCUGCACCUGAACCUGAACCUGAAGCUCCGGCUAGCGAUGUACCCGAGGUCGUUGCGGAAAGCCUGAGAGAGGCGCAUGCUAGCCCCGAAGCCGCUGCGUAUGAGGAGGUUGUUGAGGAGAAGAAGGAGGUUGAAGCUGAACUCCUGAAGAAAGUGCCGACAAGCGAGGAGCAUGGCGAGCCGGCCCCUUCCUUGGGCAACCCUGGACCUCAGAAGGGUGGGCUGUACAACCAAGCCCUUGUCACCGAAGUACCGACUGUGGCCACUGAGAGUCACCAUGCCGCCAACGAUGUUCCAGAGGUGGUCGCGGAGAGUCAGGAGAAGGCUCACGCCAGUCCCGAAGCUGCAGCCAACCAGGAAGCCGUGGAGGAAAAGAAGGAAGUUGAAGAGGAGCUUCUCAAGAAGGUCAAGCCGACCGACGAGGCCGGUGAGCCUGCUCCUACUCUUAGCGCUGCUACGGCCACUACAGCUCCUGCACCCUCCACGGAGGUACAUGCCCACGCCGCCAAGGAUGUGCCAGAAGUAGUCGCUGAGAGUUUGGAGAAGGCCCACGCGAGCCCCGAAGCUGCGGCCAACGAGGAAGCCGUUGAGGAGAAGAAGGAGGUCGAAGCGGAACUACUCAAAAAGGUCCCGACAACCGAGGAGCACGGCGAGCCAGCCCCUUCCACCACUACGCCACCUAAGGAGUCCGCCGCUGCUACUGCGGCGGGCGGUCUUAAUGCACCGGCUUCUAGUCAGGCACAGUCGGCCGCUACCCCCUCGGCUGCUGCUGCCAGCUCUCGCGAUGUAUCUCCCAUGUCGAAGCAGCCCACCACCGCUUCGCAGACUCAGCCCACCGUCACAACAGGCACUGAGACUACCACGACUGCUGCCAAGACCGAAGCCGCUACGCCGGCCACCGAGACCACGCGGGCUCCCGAGACACCAGCGAAAGCGGCUCCUUCCUCUGCCCAAAGUACUCCCGAAAGCAGUGCUGCGGGUACGGACAAGAAGAAGAAGCGAACCUCUAUCUUUGGCAAACUAAAGCAAAAGUUCAAGGACCUCUAGAUGCACCCGCCUCACGCGUCUACCCCAUCAACUCCCCUAACCAAUACAAUGUCUAUAGUACCUGCCUACCCCUACUCUACCCCAC